CACACCCUUAGCAGGGCCGCCCGAACACGUCGAACCAGUGAUGACUCCCGGAGGGUGUGAACCAGGCCAGUGUUCACCUCCCCCUGCUCCUCUCCACCACGCCGCAGUCCUCCACCUCCACCCGGGAGAGAAGACACGCAGCAGCGCCUCUCAGGGAGGAACAGGAUUUUACCCGGUGGGUCUGACUCGGAUAUUUGAGCACCGGCCGUGAAGCAGCUCGGAUAACUCGGUCCGCGGGUCUCUACUGUAGCCAUGGGGGACGUGGUCUCAUCUCACCUGGAUGAGGGCAGGCGGGAGGCGAUAACAGGUCGCACCACAGAGGUCAUGAAGCAGUUCAGCGAUGUGUACGAGCAGCAGUACGCAGUCGCUCUCUUCAACAGCAUCCGCUUCGAGAUCGAAGGAGGAGGAGCACCGCAGUCACAGCUGCUUCACAGGAAGGACGCUCUGGCAGGCCGGUCCAUCUUCUCUGGGAGUCUGUUUCAGUAUCUGGAGGAGAAUCGGAAGUGGAGGAAUCGCUUUGUGUUUGUGCCAGACAGCUACACCAUCAGCCUCUAUGAGAGCAAGACCGCUCACGAACGAGGCCUUCACCCGAAAGGAACCAUCAACUGCGCUGGGUACAAGGCCCUAAACUCAAUAGAGCAGUACAUGGAGCUGAUUAAUACCAGCCUCCCAGGUAUCAAGGCCAAAGCGGGCAGUACUCCGUUCAUCAAGUGCGCGUCCCAGUUCCCCCUCAUCCUGUGGCACCCGUACGCCCGCCACCACUACUUCUGCGUGAGGACGGAGAAGGAACAAAAGAAGUGGCACGCAGUGCUGCAGGACUGCGUCAGGCACAGUAACAACGGUCUGUCGGAGGACUGCACGAUUCAGACGCCAGCCUUCACUGACUCCGUGAGACUUCACAGACAAGCCAAGGGACACUACGGGACCUGGGACAUGAUGUGCGGAAAACCCCCCCAGAUUCUUGCUAAUCUGGUGAUGGAGACCCUCCACCCGGAGCUGAGAACCAUAAUUGGGCCUCGGCUGAAGGGGAAGCUGCAGCAGAGGCAGAAGCAUUGGAUGCUGAUCUCCGACGGCGUGUACAGGCAGGUGUUGUCUCGGACCACCGGCCACUACGAAGCCCUGAUGGAUGCCUGCGAGGCCCAGAGAGGUCCGCUGGACGCCAGACUGCGAACAGACAUGGACCAGAUCAUCGCGUCCAAAGAGCACGUCAGCAGCAAGAUGCGAGCUCUGGUGUUGCCCAAGGCGGAGCAGCUCCUCCGGACCAACGUCCAGCCCUACAUCCCCUCCAUCCUGGAGGCCCUCAUGGAGCCCACCAGCCGGGGUUUCUCCGAGGUCAGGGAGGUUUUCUUCAGGGAGCUGGUGGAGAUCAGCAAGAACUCGCUCAACGGAGAGGGGAAAGACAUACUGGGAGACCACAUGGAGAGGCUGUCGAUGCUCGCCCUCCACCCGGUGAAGAUGCAGAGCUGCUACGAGAAGGUGGAGCAGCUCAACCUGGACGGGCUGCAGCAGAGGUUCGACGUGGCCAACCCCUCGGUGUUCGUCGGCAGGGCUCAGAUCCUCAUGGGGGAGCAAAUGGACAAUGCAGUUUACACAUUCGAGCAGCUGCUCAACCAGUCUUUAGAGACCAAGGGAGAAGAUGACGUGUGCAAGACCAUCCAGCGAUGCCAGGACCGGGUGCUUAAGAAAUAUGAUUAUGACAGCAGCACGGUGCGCAAGAAGUUCUUCAGAGAGGCUCUGCUGCAGAUCAUCAUCCCCUACAUGCUGCAGCAGCUCUCUCCAUCCUACUCACCGGAGCUGCCUCGCUUCAAAGAGAUGAUCUUUGAGGACUUUUCCCGUUUCCUGCUGGUGGGAAACCUGUUUGAGGAGGUGGUGCUGCAGUGUGUCUCCAAGGACAUAAUGAUGGCUGUGAAGGAGGCAGCCAUCCAGAGGAGACACAACCUCUACAGGGACAGCAUCGUUCUGACCAACAGCGACCCCAACCUGCACCUGCUCGGAGAAAGCCCUCAGGUGGACUGGGCCGCUAAGUUCGGGGCCGACGAGCCGGAGGGCUGCGUUGGCGGCGGCCGAUCUGAAGGAGGCGGUUCUGGGAGCAGACGCAGGCAGGUGGUGUCCAUGAUCCAGCUGGACGGAGUCCCUCUGCCCUUCGAGUCCUGCCUGGAGGUCCCCGGUGUGGAGCUCAUCCCCGAGGAGGACGUGUCUGAGGGCACAGAGGAGGACCCGGAUCUGCCGGAGGAGGCCAAGUCUCCCGACCGCGUGGUUGAGAUCCGAGACCUGAUUAAUCCCGUGGUGGCGGUGGCGCUUCCCGCGUCGACGGAGAGCCCGACCGACCUGACCAACGGGACGGCGGUGACCACCGGCACCGUCACCUGGGAGGAUGGGGUGCAGGAGGAUGUGACGCACGUGACCACCAUGGUGGAGGACGUCCCCAGGAAGGCUCCGCGGGAGACGGCGUCCACGCAGGCAGCGGUCCAGCAGCUAGUCGAAAACACGAAGCGGGAACACGACGAGGAGCGUCAGGAGGAGGCCGCCGCCAGGGGCGCCGUGGAGGAAAUAGAAGAGGCGGCGCAGGACGACGACAGCGGAAGGAUCACGGAUGUCUCUGCAGCAGAAUCAGACAACGAGUCGUCGGCAGCUCCGCAGCCGGCUUCAGUCUCCGGCUCCCAGAGCGACAGCGGCUCCCAGUCGCCAGCCAAUGGGGGGCCGGAUGAGGACGCGCCGCAGCCGAUCACAAACGGUCUGAACGGAGAGGACAAAGUGCUCGACCCGGUGGAAGUGGAAGUGCUUCUGGCGUGAGGGAGAAACAUAACUCUGUACCAGGAGAUGAAACGUGUGCGGCGCACGCCGUCGGAGAGGUGGUGGAUGGCGUUGUGCACGUCGCACACUCUCAGCCUCCCGUUGCACCUCGCCCAUCGGUUCCUUUCUAUGCAGCUUGGUGAAUUUUGUGGCAAAGUGUAGUCAUAUUUUUUGUUUGACACCGCUUUCAUAUCUGCUCCUCUUUGCUAGUUUAACGGAUUAAUAGUCCGUCACAGGGAUCAGGGGUUUUUCUAUGUGGGAAUCCACUUUUUUAAAUUUUUAACCAACAACGUCAUCUAAGUUAUUAACGUUUUCAAGUUUUAUGUCAGCCCCAUUUGUUUUCUUCUUGAUGCAUCACAUGAAUAAUCACAGCCUCUACCUGGACAGCAGGCGGUGCCACAAUCUGCCACAACUACUUUUUUUAAAUCUAGUUUUCUUUUCAAAGUUAUUCCUGUAUUCGCAAAUGGCCUUUUAUGUUUCAACACCAGACAUUUAGUACAAUCUGUACGGAAUGAUUUGCACUCGAUUGGAUUUUUAAAAAAUCUUUUAGACCUCCAAACAACCAAAAUGUAUCACUUCUUUGCUGGUGGAUGUACAUUGCCAACAUACAGUAACUUGUAGGAUUUAGAUAUAACUUGUAAUCAGACGGAGCGCUCUUUGUGAUAAUAGACAUUUAUAGUCAUCAUUCCCAAAUUUCUGUGUUUUUCAACUUCAAGUAAAUUAAAUCAAAAACCAGGGACAAUUUUAUCUACACAUCAUUUAACUCAAAUUUUAUAUCUAGGUGAAUUUUAAAAUAUUGAUCUUUAGAUUGAGUUGCUUUUACAAGAGUUUUUAUAUCCUCAUUUUUGUUGUAAAAUAAAAGGUCACUGAUCACUUACCUUGUGGAGGAAAUGUUAGGGAAAUAUUUUUGGGUUACUGUAAAGAUAGUAUUAAGCGCUUUCGCUUGCUUAUUUGUUGGACAUUAUUGCACAUCUAUCGAAUGACCUACUAUGCAAUUAAAGACUCAAGGUUUAAAAAGAAACAACAGGAUUUGAAAUACAAAAUGCUCCUUUUAUAAUAAACAUGGAGGUUGCUUUUGAAUAUUAUAUUUAUAUCUCCAGUAAAAAAAACGUUUUAGGGCAGAUGGAUAGGAAAUAACGACAGUGUGGUUUAUUAAGACCACAAGUGGAAUUAAUAUGUAAAUAAAGUACAAACAUGUCAUUUAA